CAAGUUAACUAAAUUUUAAACAAAAAUAAAGCAUGCAAUCCAAUCCCUUUUCAUACAGUACUUACCCUUACUAAUUUCAAUCAAGUAUAACAAUUAAAAGUAUUAGACAGAUUUCCUUAUGAAUCCAUAAGUGUAUUAUUCUAACUACAACCCUUACUAUUCUUAAGUCUAAACCUAUAUGGUAAUAACUUAAUGCUAUUAAUGUUUAGGCACCUUAACCAUAUCUAUAGAAUGAAUCUUAUCAUUUGAAUUACUAUUAGCAAUCAAAUUGUAUCAAUUAUAAUACCGAACAAACAGAGAUGAAAUAGCCAAAAAUUAUAAUCUCUCCUUAUAUCAAAUAAGAAGACAAUCUUAUUAAAUAAACUGAUAUUCAUACUUAAAAUCUAUGUGAGAAAAAGAAUGAAGACGAUAGUUCUGAUAAACUCUUGUAGAAAGUAGAGACAGUGAGACAGGUUAAAAAACCCAAUAGUUAGAUAAUUUAAAACCGUAGAGGUUAUUUUGUAUUCUAAUAUUAGGACAUUGGACAAAUGAAGAGCAUUACAAAUAUUUAAAAUUUGUUCGAUAACAUAAAGAAUUGUUUUAAACUAGUGUCUAAAAAAAGUUAAAUAGAGUAUUCAAAAUGAUGUCAAUUGAAAUACCAACUAGAACUGCUUGUUAAUGUAGAUCUCAUUAUUCGAAAUUCAAUCCAUUAGAUCAUAUUGUAAUCAUUCAUAUAUUAUUAUUAGGGCAAAGUAAGACGAAAAUUAGUUAACGAUGAAUCUGUUUAUCAACGUAUGUUCAAUACUACUCCAUAAAAUGACUGAGAUUCAUUCAUUAAUGUAUUAUUUCUAUAUUAUUUAAAUUAUGU